AUGACUGGUGCUGACAGUGUGUCCUCAGUGGGAGAGGUGUCUGUACAGAGAGGAGGAUCUGUCACCAUCCCAUGUUCCUAUGAAGACAGUUAUAAAACACAUGUGAAAUACUGGUGCAGAGGGAGUGACUGGUUUACAUGUAGUACCACAGUACGCACCGACUUUCCACAGAAGAAGGAUGAAGUGUCAAUCAGAGAUGAUCCUGACCAGCGAGUCUUCACUGUGACUAUAAACAAUCUGAAACCCGGGGUCUCUGAUUACUACUGGUGUUGUGUGGAAAUCAACUUUCAUCCAGAUGAUGGAAAAAAAGUUUCCCUGUCAGUCACUGAGGGUGCGCCCACAGUGAACAAAGUGUCUGCACAGAGAGGAGGAUCUGUCACCAUCCCAUGUUCCUAUGACAACAUAUAUCAACAACAUGAGAAAUACUGGUGCAGAGGGAGUGACUGGAGUUCAUGUACAACCAUAGUACGCACUGACUCUCCACAGAAGAAGGAUGAAGUGUCAAUCAGAGAUGAUCCUGACCAGAGAGUCUUCAUUGUGACCAUGAACAAUCUAAAAACUGGGAACUCUGGUUACUACUGGUGUGGUGUGGAGAUCAGCAGAGGUUCAGCUGUGGGAACACGGGUUUCUCUGUCAGUCACUGAGGGUGUGUCCACACUGAACACGGUGUCUGUACAGAGAGGAGGAAUUGUCACCAUCCCAUGUUCCUAUGAUGACAGAUUUAAAACACUUGUGAAAUACUGGUGCAGAGGGAGUGACUGGAGUUCAUGUUCUCCCAUAGUACGCACUGAUUCCACAAAGAUAAGCGGUGAAGUGUCAAUCAGAGAUGAUCCUGACCAGCUAGUCUUCACUGUGACUAUAAAGAAUCUGACAGCUGGGGACUCUGGUUCCUACUGGUGUGGUGUGGAGAUCAGCAGAGGUUCAACUGUGGGAACACGGGUUUAUCUGUCAGUCACUGAGGGUGUGUCCACAGCGAACACGAUGGCUGUACAGAGAGGAGGAUCUGUCACCAUCCCAUGUUUCUAUGACAACAUAUUUAAAACACAUGUGAAAUUCUGGUGCAGAGGGAGUGACUGGAGUUCAUGUACUCCUAUUGUACGCACUGAUUCCCCAAAGAUAAGCAGUGAAGUGUCAAUCAGAGAUGAUCCCGACCAUCGAGUCUUCAUUGUGACCAUGAACAAUCUAAAAACUGGGGACUCUGGCUACUACUGGUGUGGUGUGGAGAUCAGCAGAGGUUCAGCUGUGGGAACAUGGGUUUACCUGUCAGUCAAUGAGGGUAAGAUGUCUUUACUGCAGACUAGCCAAUAA